CAAGAAUCUUUUUCUCUCCCUGACAUCAUUCAGUUCCCUCUUCCUCAUCAAACUGUUAAGAAUGUCUUCCACCUUUGUUGCUCUUCAUAGUUCUCUUCAAUCCCAGUUUCUAGGCCAAGAUGGCCUCACCCAUCUCUACCAUUCCAAAUCCACCAUUCACACAAAACCAAAAGCAUACAAAGUAUGUGCCAAAUUUGACAUGCUGCAAAUCAUGGGAGGUAGAGGACUAUGCAAUGGAGAAGAAGGCCUUAUACAAGAGUUGAAAAGACAAGUUGAGAAUCCACCAUCACCAUCAUCAACAGAACAAGAACAAGAGAAUUUAGCACUGGCCAAUGUUGCAGCAGAAGAUGGUUUUGAGAAAGAGUUGAUGGGGCUAACAGGUGGCUUCCCCGGUGGCGAAAAAGGCUUGAAGAAGUUCAUCAUGGAGAACCCUCCUCCUAAAAAAGGUGAUGGAAUCCAAAGCUUGAAACUUUCGAUGGCGAAGAAGCCAAAGCCACCGGAGCUUCCUCUUCUGCUUCCGGGAAUGAUCGCUAUUGUGAGCAAUCCGAAUAAUCCGUAUUACAUGUACUGUGGCAUUGUUCAAAGGAUCACUGAUGGAAAAGCAGGGGUUCUGUUUGAAGGAGGGAACUGGGACAGGUUAAUCACAUUCAGGCUUGAGGAAUUGGAGAGAAGAGAAAAGGGUCCUCCAAUGAAGAAUCCAAAGUCUUGUGUUCUUGAACCGUUUCUUGAGAAGAAAUCAUAAUAGUAUCUUCCAUCACCUCCUCCUUGUUGUAAAAGCAUGUUCUCACUUUUGUAUAAUAUAUGUAUAUAGAUAUGCUUUUAUUGACAAUUUAUCUAGAGGGUGUUCUGUCACCAAGAAUUUGAAUUGGAAGGUUGAGUUCUGAAUCA